AUGAUUUUAUUUUUUAGUUUAAUUAAAAUUUUUGAUUUGUUAAUAAGUAAUUUUGUAGAAGCUAGAAUAAAAAUUGAUUAUUGGGAUAGUGAUUAUUCCAUAAACGAUGACGAAUUUAAAUAUACAUUAAUCCCUAGUUCUGUUAUAGUAACAGUUGAUGGUAGUGACAGAAUGGAUGCGGUUAUGUAUUGUAAUGAUUUUACAAUAUGUUGGAAUACAAUAUCAGUAUUAGAAGAUUUUACCGUUUUAAAAAGAGGAAAAAUAAAAGGUGAUUUGUUAUUGAUGUUAGACGAAAAACUUUAUAAUAAUGUAUUAAUGAAUGGAGAUAUUACAAUAGUUUACGAGCAUGGAUAUUUGAAUGAAACAGAUAUAUUUGGUACAAUAAAAAUACAAAUUUUUACCGAUGAUAAAAUUAAAAAUCACUUUUUAGUUAUGAUGGGGUGUUUAGAUGUUAAAUUAGAUGAAAUAAACAAAUCAGUAAAAAUUGAAGGGGAAAUGAAUCUUUCUAAGUAUAUGAUGUAA